UAUUUAGACUUUAAUUCCACGCUUAAUAACGAGGGUAUGUUUUACACACAAAGCUACCGCUCCAAGCGCACGGUUGUUGUGUACAUGGUUCGCACACAAGUACAGCAUCCUGAAGCUCGUACACCAAGCUCUUAACAAGGACACAAUUGGUGGAAUGAACAGCGUCAAACCUUUGUUACCUCUACCAACGGAAUUAAUUUUAUGAAUCACCGGAGAAACAGUUAACAUUUACGCCACAACCACUUUUCUGGAACGCCGUAUAUUAACGCAAUGGCUCGACGUAUACCACGGGAAGUUAUGAACGGGUACAGAGAACAGUUCAAAAUCUUUGACAUCAAUGGAGAUGGCAUGAUAACGCGGAAAGAGUUCCGAAGGAUUAUGGGCGCUCUCGGACAGCCAGUUAAAGACGCUGAAGUCGCCGCUGUCUGGUCAGAGGUUGACAAAAAUGAUGAUGGUAUCAUUGACUUUAACGAGUUCGUGGAUCUCAUGGAAUUCUUCAAACCGAGGCUGAAUGGAGGCAAUCAAUUACGAGACAUCUUCACGCUGUUCGAUAAGAAAGGUACCGGUUUGGUGGAGACAAAAGAACUCGUAGUUGCCAUGACCAGUCUCGGAGAGGAUGUCACGACCAAAGAGGUGAAGGAAAUAUUUGAAGAAGUAGACAAGGACAGGGACGGCAAAAUAAACUACGAAGAAUUUGAGCGGGUGUUCCGAGAAGCCGUGAAGAGUCUUUAACCGAGCCAUUGAAAGGUUGAGACUACUUUUAAUAACGAGUUGACGUUUAUGGGAAGUGUUUACUGAGUUUGACCUUCCAGUACGAGCCUAAUCCUUACUGUAGUCAACAAGUCAACAGGCUGGAAUGUUCCGGAUUUCCCAUAAUGUUAUGUUACGGCUUUGUCACAUCAUGGCGAUCGUCAACGGUGUCUCCGCUUGGCAUGUGUUACCUGGUGUGGUGUACAUAAACGAUUUAGCUUUGUGCGUAUCAUAUUUCAUUGUAUAUAAGUCAUCACGUUGACAUAAUUGUCUCCAAUCCAUUUUCAAAAUGGGAUUGUUUUUUUUACAUUUAUGCUGAUAUGAGGAUUAAUGGUGCCUAAUGAACACAUUGCGAAUCUUCGUUUGAGAUUAUUUUGUUUCCCAUAUUUAUUUGUGGUUUGUGGCGUUUGUAUGUCCUCAGGAGGUAUUUGUAUGACUGCCAUCUACGUUAUAGUUGCGUUGUACAUAUCCUGACCCUUACGAAUAGGAACCUGCGUGAUAAACUGAACGCUGCUGGUCAUAAACACCACUGUGUGAACAUGAAUGAUACAUAUCAUGACAUUUUUACAUUUUCAUUUUUAUGUAUAUUUUUCUACUUCCGUCGCACAAUGUGGCUGCAUAUAUGAUAUACAGCCUUAUUCUCAUCUUGACAAGAUGACAAGAAUUUCUUGUUAUCGGCCCAAAGUGUAGAUCAGUAUAGAUCUGAUAGUGCUUGUAAACCUGGAACGUUUUCCCUUUUUUAUUUUGUUGGAAUUUUUAUCAUUGUUAACCAGUUGCUUAUUUUGAGCAUUAGAUUAAAGCGAUCCUUAUCCUGUGAAACCUUUGAAAUCUCGAGUAUUUUCAAAGCUCUGUGUUGUUCACUGUAUGCAGUCUGACUAUGCUCUCAGUUAAGUAUGGAGCGCACUAUUUUUAAUUUAUUUCAUACCAGAAUCUCUGUUCAAGAUACAGUUUGACAGAGGAGACAUUGUAGCUUUGCCAAUAGUGCCCCGGUAAAGCUGUUUGCGUGUUAACCUCGUCGACGAAAAAGAAAAAUGAUAUAUUACUUAUUGUUUGUCUAAGUUCUCAAAUUUAUGAGCUGUUUGUGUAAAGUUUGAUAACCGUGGAAUGUCUUCGUCUACAGCACGUGAGUGGAUUGUUCUGAAUUGUAUACACGCUCCUGUCAAUAGCUAUUGUUUACGCAUGACCGCAAGGGUCUUCUGUCUACAUGCCAUGCGCAUGAUUUCACCAAUAAAGCGUCUCUUUGAAUCAGAAGAUAUCACCCAAUGUAAGCGGCUUUUGUGUAGACCCUUGGGGAUCUAUUAUGUACAAUCUAGAAUAGUUAUGUUGUGAUAACACAUUUCAGCUCUGUCAGGGAGGCUUUUUUAUUGUACAGAUUUUUUCCUGUCUUGGAAUUUAUGCUUGAUC